UUUUCUUAGCUUGAAGCCUUGGACAAAUGACACCAAAGGCUAGAAGAAAAAAGGAAAAAGAAAAAAAACAGAAAAACGUAAAUAUGUGUUUUGCAGAAAUUUUUUUUUUGUCUGUUUCUUAAAGCUGAUUUAAAUUGGCGGCUCCAAAUGUGCGUUGUAUCCACGCGCUUCCGUAGCGGGUAUCAGAAAAGAAACCCCGGAAUAUGCCAUGAGUUGAGAUAAAAUAGAUUCCGAAAAAUUGCGAGAACCGGAGUCCCGCCACGUGUCCUCCUUACCUGGCAACCCCGGGCCCCACAGGCCACAAGCCAGCAUCUUCUUCAUCAAUACUAUGCCCGUUUUGGCUGCCACCUCCGAUCCACCACCCGCCCCGUUUCUCUUCCCUAAUGACGCUUUUCUUCUCCUCCAUAACUGUAGCUUCCUCUCUCUUCCCUCUCUCUCACACAGUUACUCUCUAGAAGUAUCUAAAUCACGUGCAUGUGUGUGUGUGUGUGUUUUUUUUUCUGAAUUUUUUCCCAUUCUCUUUCGUCCUAAUUUUUUUUUUAAAAUUAUUGAAUUAAAUCCGUUAACGCUUGGUGGAAGUGUUGGAAGAGGCGAGAUUGAUUGAGAAAAGGGGAUUUUCUGAAUUGGGUUUUUUUCAUUUUCGAAGAGGAUAUUUUAAAAGGCUUUCCGUCGGUGGCAUCGGGAAAAACCCAUUGUAAGGGUUGCCCUGGAUCAGUUUCAGCGUAGUUGAGCUUUAAUGUUACGGUAGCCAGUUGAUUUUAAUUGGACCUGGAUUCCACUUUUGUGGGAGGGGGGGAAGCUAGUGAUAUUCAUUUCUGAUGUUUUAUAACGGAAAAAGUUCUGCUUCUGGGGAAAUUUUGGAUCUUCUUAGUGCUGGAAGCUUUCCGAAUUUUUUGUUUGUGGAAUCGAGCAAAUGAUACUGAUAUGAUUAUACCCUGAGCUUUGGGUGAAAAAAAAAAGACGCAAUACAUGUGUAAUAAGGGGAUUGAAACCUUGAGUGAAUCAGAACCUGAAUCUGAGUGUCACAUCAAUCAAGAAGAACAGCUGCUGCAGCAGCAGCAUCAAGUUGAGCUCUUGAUGGAUAGCCCGACUGUGGCUCCUUGCUCCGGCCAGAAUUCCUGCGACGAGAACCCACGUGUUAAGUUCUUGUGUAGCUUUUCGGGUAGUAUUUUGCCACGGCCGCAUGAUGGUAAGCUUAGAUAUGUGGGGGGUGAAACAAGAAUCGUAAGUGUUCCGCGGGAUAUUACCUAUGAUGAGCUUAUGGUCAAGAUGAAGGAGCUCUAUGAAGGAGCAACAGUUUUAAAAUAUCAGCAACCGGACGAAGAUCUGGAUGCCCUCGUCUCUGUAGUAAAUGAUGACGAUGUGACUAAUAUGAUGGAGGAGUAUGACAAGUUGGGUGCAGGUGACGGGUUCACUAGGCUGAGGAUAUUUCUGUUUUCACCGAGUGACCAAGACGGGUCUAUACAUUUUAUUGAUGGUGAUGAGAGAGACAAUGAGAGGAGGUAUGUAGAUGCUUUGAACAGUCUUAAUGAAUCCCCUGAUUAUAGAAGGAAUCAGCUUAAUGACUCCCAGUUUGUUGCCCCCUUGGAUGAUGGCCAUGCUGCCCUUGCAGAGCAGUUCUUUAGUCAGAUGAACCUUGAUGGUGGUUUGCAAAACCAGAGAAAUACUGAGAUGGCUAUGCCUCAUAAUCUGCGUCAACUUAACAUUCCCACAUUACUUUCAGGACAGCCUCAGCAACGAUAUAAUGAGAUGGAGGCUCCCUGGAGUCCUGCUUACUAUUCUCCUCGGCAGCCUGGGUACCUUGAGCCAAGACAGGUGCCUGAUUUUCCAACUUCACCUUCAUCUGGUCGCUAUAGAGCCCAGUAUGCUGAGUUUUCUGAUAGAAGCUUUGAUAGGCCUGAGACUCAAAUGAAUCACCAUCCCCACUAUGAACACCAGCAUCAAUUUUCGGACAAUUUAGCAGUUUUUCCCAGUGAAAAGGCUGGUUUCCCUGGAAAUAUACUUCAUGGUGUCAAUGUUCUUGAGGGAAACAGUGUUUGUGAACAUUGCCGUGUUAAUUUCCAGAGGAAUCAAGUUUUUGCCGAUGCACACUGGAAGCCAGGAGAACAUCAUCAUUUAGAGCCACCAAAUGUUGGGAAUGGGCUUCAUCAUGUUGCUACUGCCUGUGCUGAGUGCCCUCCAAAUAGAGAAAUUCUCAUGCUCAACCCAGAUGCAAACUUGCACCAUCCAUACUAUCAAAGGGAACAAGAUCCUCGACCCAUCUAUACCGAAAAUCAGAGUCAUGAAAGGGGACGGGUUGUACCUCACCAGACAACUCUAAGGCCUGAGGAAGUAAGGUCGCACGCUUCUCUAGUUGGAAGGCUGCCUGAUCACCAUAUUGUUGAUAACAACAUGAGUAUCGCGCAUGGGCAUGUAAAUGUCUCUGAUCCUCUUUACAUUCCACCUCAUUAUGUCCAUCCUGAUGACCCUCGCUAUGCCCGAUCUGGUCCGGAGAUGGGCCAAAUGUUUCAUCAUUCUACAGUCUCUACUGGAUCUCAUAUGCAUGGUCAACCUAUAGAUGAACGAGUUCGGUAUGGGAAUCCAUCUUACGCCUAUGGCCAUGAUAGUGUUUAUCCAGUUACACAUGGACACACACAAGCACAUGCUUCAUGGAGAAAUGUACAUGGCCCUCUGCACACGGUCGCUUCUCAUGAAGUAUCAAGUUCGCCUCAGUUGGCAAGUGGUUUAGUUGGUCCUGGAUUUAUCAGAAUGGAAGCCAGUCCUAGUUUGCGUUCUGGAAUAGACAACCCCAACCCUUGGGUUGAGUCCUCACAGAAAAUAGUGGCUUUGGAGGGAUCACAUGUGCCUGACUAUGGUAAUGGUCAAGUGCUGAAAUUUGUGCCUUCUGCUUUCAGUCAGGAGAACCAACUUCUGUACAAAGCUGAAGUGAGAUCUGUUCCUGAUAUGCUUAAGAUUCCUACUCAAGUAGAUCAUUUUAUCAGGUCUGAUUCAGCACCAGCAAUAGAUGAUAAGUUGGUCUUUUCGGCUGCUCCUGUUGUAGAAGCCAGAUAUGACACUGCUGCUGCUGAACAAAGUAGAAUGGAUAAUACUGUUCAAGGAGGGGAUGGUGUGGAAGGUCAGAUUGGGGAAGUUGAAGGUUUAGGAAAUAUCAACGACUAUGAUGGAAAUAAAGACUCUGAAAAUUUGAAGCCUCCAGAACUAAUUAAUACAAAUCCUAUGGCAGAUACUGAAACUGAUGUUGGGACUGUAAAACCAGAAGUAAUUGACACUUGUGCUCUAGAAACAGAAGAACAGCCUGAUGACCGUCUGAGCUGCUUACCUGAACUGAUUGCAGCAGCAAAGAAGGCUACUCUAGAUUGUGUUGAGGAGGUGAAAUCUAAAGUUGAGGGGGCUGUCGAUCCUUUUGUUGAGCCUGAUGCUUUUGUAAAACAGGAACAUCGAAAUGAAACAGAUGCAGUGGAUACACAUGGAGACUUGGAGGUAGAUUCUGAUAGUGAAAGUUCAAACAAUUCCCGAAUCGAGCUAACAAAGGCUGAGGAGGAAGCUAUUAAUCGGGGACUGCAGACCAUAAAAAAUGAAGACCUUGAGGAGAUCCGCGAAUUAGGAUCAGGAACAUAUGGUGCUGUUUUCCAUGGGAAGUGGAAAGGAUCUGAUGUUGCAAUAAAGAGGAUCAAGGCUAGCUGCUUUGCUGGAAGACCAUCUGAAAGAGAACGCUUGAUUUCAGAUUUCUGGAAAGAAGCUCUGAUAUUAAGUUCAUUACACCAUCCGAAUGUCGUGUCAUUCUACGGUGUUGUCCGUGAUGGACCAGAUGGAUCUUUGGCUACUGUGACUGAGUUCAUGGUCAAUGGAUCAUUGAAACAGUUUCUACAGAAAAAAGACAGAACAAUUGAUCGCCGGAAGAGACUCAUGAUAGCUAUGGACACUGCAUUUGGGAUGGAGUAUUUGCAUGGAAAAAAUAUCGUGCAUUUUGAUCUCAAAUGUGAAAAUUUGUUGGUUAAUAUGAGGGACCCUCAUCGGCCAGUUUGCAAGAUUGGUGAUCUUGGCUUAUCAAAAGUAAAACAGCACACCUUAGUAUCAGGAGGUGUCCGAGGCACGUUGCCCUGGAUGGCACCUGAGCUCUUGAGUGGAAAAAGCAACAUGGUGUCUGAAAAGAUUGAUGUUUAUUCAUAUGGCAUUGUUAUGUGGGAGUUGUUAACUGGUGACGAGCCAUAUAAAGAUCGGCACUGUGCUUCUAUAAUUGGAGGGAUUGUAAACAACACAUUGCGCCCACAGAUACCCACAUGGUGUGAUCCGGAAUGGAAGUUGUUAAUGGAAAGUUGCUGGACCGCUGAUCCAAAAGAGAGGCCAUCAUUUUCCGAAAUUUCUCAGAAGUUAAGAAGCAUGGCUGCGGCAAUGAAUUUGAAAUAAUCUUUUCAAUGACAAUGCAGUAACCAAUCACUUGUUCGAGCAAUGUUUUACUUUUUGCAAAACUAUAGUAAGUAGAACCAAAGAGCACCUCUUUGAUUGGCUAAUUUAUUUAAUAAUGUGAAAUCAUUCCCUUCCCAUUCUUUGCACUGAAAUGAAAUGCUAACUGAUCACAUUGCUAGGGUAUACUUCAAUAAAGUCUGACGAUAUACCUGAUACCAUCAUCAGACAGUAAGUUCUCACAUCUGUUCAUGGGGUUUCUGACUCAUUUUAGAUUAAGUUUCUGUUUUGUUAACUGUAUUUUGGAUUAUGUGUUGGUGUGCAGGCUGUCAAAUAUAGUGUUCUAAAGAAUAGCGACACGCUUCGUACCCAUAAGGAUGCCUUUUUUAAAUCUCCUGCGUUGAGGUUGAAUUGUGUUGCUGUUGUACAUAAUGUAGUUUCUUUUGGUAGAUAAGGCUGACAGUUCGAUUUUAUAAGUUUGUUUCGAGAUGGAUACAUUUAUGUUCAUUUUUAUUAUAUGAAUCCAAUUUUCCAGAUAGGAAUCACUACAGUGUAUCUUGAAACUCCAAUUCUUGUACUUGCUGAGUACGCGGCUGCAAAAUUGUCCAGCUUUUAGACUAGUGCUAAUACGGGAAUGUUUCGCCAUCUCAAAUCUGUGUUUUUAGUUCCUUGUAAUUGUGGCCAUGGACUCUGUAACUUGCUAAUAUCAUAGAAGUUACACAACAGGGUCAUUUAGUGAGUAACCAAAAUCGAAUAGUGGGUGUGAUGGCCUUAUCUAGCAUUCUCUGUGAUGUAUUUGUAUCUUGUGAAAAUUUUGGAAAAUGCUUCCUUUCUUUUUAGUAUUUAGAAUAUAUUGUCAUUAUGUUUGAUAUAUAAUUGAAACCACAGAACUUAUUUUGGGACGGAAGAAGAGUAAAUACGAAGUGACACAGAUGGUACAUGGGCUUUUCAGGUCGCAUUCGGCAGUCC